AUGCAGCCAGUCUCGGUACCGCAGGAUGAUGACUCGUCGGCAUGGCCGCCGGGUACUGUCACCCUCGAAGUAUUUGAAGUUGACGAACUGCUCGCUAGAAUCUCUGCAAUCACCCCAACGUGGGCACCGAUGAAUAUCGAACUCGGCUUCAGUUAUGAGACGCUCCAAAACAGCUAUGCGACAGGCACAGCAGCACUCGGUGUCGGGGCGCUGCUUUUCAUCCCAUUCGCUCUCAAGUAUGGCAGGCGACCGAUCUACAUCCUCAGUUCCCUUGGACAGGUCGCAGUCGCAAUCUGGGCUGCGAAGAUGACCUCAACCGCAGACCUAUACCUCAUCCAAGUGUUCAACUGCUUGUUUGGUUCAUUGGCUGAAGUCAUUGUACAAAUGACUAUUGCUGAUGUAUUUUUUGUUCAUCAGCGAGGCUUGAUGAAUAACCUCUACAUCUGCACGAUGACCAUCGGUACGUCAAUGUCAGCGUUGGUCUCUGGGUAUAUCACAGUCGGCCAGGGCUGGCGGUGGGUAUGGUGGUGGACGGCCAUCUGUAUGGGUACCUGUCUUACCCUUUUCGCGUUCUUCUACGAGGAGACCAAGUUUGUUCCACCUAUUGACGGUUUCACCGGAGCUCCUCAUCCAUCUGUUCACUCGGCCAACAAAGCGACGAUGAAUCCGGAUGUCAAACCUGGUGACGACCAGCUCAAGCCUAUCGAAUCUAUUGUAACGGUAAUCAUUCCUCCACGGAAAACCUACAUCCAGCGUUUGAAGCCAUGGUACACGACAUCCGGAGGUUUUAGAAAGCUCGCGCAUCACAGCUAUCAACCGCUUCUUGUCCAGUGCACAAUCCCAGCCGUAUUGUACGUUGCUCUUCUGUACGGUCUUGUCACCGCCGCUUUGCAGGUUUCCGUCACUCUGGUCGCCACAUACAUGCCGGCCCCACCGUAUAACUUCAACGCUGCAGCAGUGGGACUGAUGAGCCUCCCACCUCUCAUUGGUAAUGUUAUAGGUACAGCACUGAGUGCACCGUUCAGCGAUCGCAUCAUUCUCUACCUUGCUCGCAGGAGCAAAGGAGUGUACGAACCCGAGAUGCGACUCUGGUUGCUGCUCGUGUUUGCUCCUGUGUUCCCUGCCGCAUUGCUCCUUACUGGCUACGCGCUUGAUAAAGGCAUGAGUUGGCCAGUUGUUGCUGUCGGUCUCGGCCUCUUAGGGUUUGCCAUGCCACCGAUCGCUAGUGUUGCACUGACCUAUCUUACGGACGCGUAUACCGAUGUGAGUAUCUUCCACAACCUCCCACUUUCGGUACACUGA